AUGAGCAACGAGGAUUAUGGUUAUGACUACGACUAUCUGUUCAAGAUAGUGUUGAUUGGUGACUCCGGUGUUGGUAAGUCGAACCUGCUGUCGAGGUUCACCACGAAUGAGUUCAACAUCGACUCGAAGUCCACUAUCGGUGUCGAGUUUGCCACGCGGACCAUCGACGUGGACGGCAAGAAGAUUAAGGCGCAGAUAUGGGACACCGCGGGCCAGGAAAGGUACCGUGCGAUCACCUCCGCAUACUACCGUGGUGCCGUGGGUGCGCUGAUCGUGUACGACAUCAGCAAGUCCAGCAGUUACGAGAACUGCCACCACUGGCUGUCGGAGCUGAGGGAGAACGCCGACGACAACGUCGCUGUGGGCCUGAUCGGGAACAAGUCCGAUCUGGCUCACUUGCGUGCCGUCCCCACCGAGGAGGCCAAGCAGUUCGCUUCUGAGAACCAGCUGCUGUUCACAGAGACAAGUGCCCUGAAUAGCGACAACGUCGACCUCGCGUUCAAGGAACUGAUCACAGCAAUCCACCAGAAGGUCAGCAAACACCAAGUAGAGCUGAGCAACGCCAACAAGCCGGGCGCCGGGCCAAACGGACCUACCAUCAGCCUGACCCCAGCUCCAAAUGAGAAGAAGAAGAGCAGCUCCAACAACUGCUGCUAA